AAAACAGUUAAGAAUGGUGAUUCCUGUACAUUAUAAGUUAUUAGGCAGUUGGUCUCAAAGCGGAAGAUGAUCCGAUGGUAACUGUUGCCAGUCUUCAAUUAAUGUAGGUCUACUUGCCGUAAAUGUUUAUAGCUCAGGUGACCUGCGUGGUUAUAUACUGGUAGGAUAAACCUGUGGAUGAAAGCUUUUGUUAAUAUAACACAGUUGAUCUUGCACACCAGAACUUGAAAACAGCUUGAUGGUAAAGUUAACCUGAAAAUGAACAUAGAAGACGGAAAUACGACUGGGUCCGAAUUUGAUCCGCAUUCAAAUUGCACUCUUCCUGACAUAAGGACAACUCCAUUGUACCAAAAUAAAAACGUAUUUCUAUUUUACUUGGUAUCCUUCGUUAUAAUAUGUGUUCUGAUUCUUCUUGGAAACAGCAUUGUUCUCUGGGCAUUCGCUACAGACCAAAAAAUUCGUUCUCGAAAGUAUGUCUUGAUUUUUAGCCUAUGCCUUACUGAUCUCGCUACGGGGUUUGUCAUACCAAUACAGAUACUGGCGCCUCCCUCUGUGAUAGACGCAUUUGGGUUCUCUCUCCUCCUUAUUUCUGUGUCAACGAAUCUCGCUAUAGCCGUCGACAGAUUCUACAUUCUGGUUGUUGCAAACUUGAACAUUAGCCGAAAAGGGGCAACGGCUAAACAGUUGAUUAUUUUCUGUGUACUGUUAUGGGUCGGCAUUCUAGCUUUUAUUUUACCGUGGACCAUUUAUCCGUAUUACUAUAUUUUAAUACUAUACACCCUGGGUCCGUGGAGUGUUGUGGCAAUAAUGAUCGGUGUAACUGGUCUAUAUAUUUCCAUAUUCUACACCAUGCGGAAAAUGGACAAGCAGAAACAGAAAAAGUUAGGAAAGGGUGAUUUUAAGCGGACCAAAAUGGUAGUUCGUGCAUACGCCGUCAUUGUCGUCUGCUUUGGAGUUUGCUGGUUACCAUGGUGCAUUGAAGCAAUACGCAUAAGUUUCGAGAGCUACUUUACACCUGAUAACCAGAGCUGUUAUGUAGCCUCUAUUGUAGCCUGUUUCCUGCUGAAUUUUGGCUUACUGAAUUCCGCCAUUAAUCCCCUCAUCUACUGGAGAAAACUCCACGAUUUUCGCCAUGCUAUAAACAACUUGCCGAUCUUCAGGCGCUGUAUGACUAGAUGUUGCGUAGACAACCCAGAAUCAACUACCGGAAGAACACGUAUGCAUAACAAUUAUCAAGAUGGAACAGCGGUGUAUGAUGGACGCGAGGUUCAAUUAGAAUAACUGGUUAUUUUAAUUCCAUCGUCGGUUCGAUUUGGUCGACACCACAUUCACUUACCCGGGACCGUCCUGCUUCCUAUGCGCAAGGUAGAUUCAUCAGGCCUUUCUUUCAACAAUGAGAACUCAGCGUUAUCGCAUGCUCGAUAGAUUGUACGUGACGUCAUAACGUUCUAAAAUCUUAUCACAGUCGAAAGCUUCUUACUGGACUUGAACGAUGAAAUUAAAUAUGUAAAUUUUUGCAAACUUUGUAUAUGUAAGUGAAGACACUGCUUUCCAUUUUAUGCUAAAAUGUAUAUAUAUAUGUGUGUAUAUAUAUA